AAUGUGUAUAUAUAUAUGCUGAACCAGACAGUCAAUGUAUUCUUAGGAAAGCAGCGCAGCAAAUGUCCGCAUUCAAGUAGUCGUUUGCAGCGUGCUAAAAUUCGCGCGUGUAGACUUGAAAUAGCGCCGACUAUUUUCGUAGCCGUCACUUUGUUGCGAACUGUGUUACCUGACACACUUUGCCCACGUGAGAUCUACGUUAAGGCCGAGAAUAAUGGCGAGAUUAACGUAUUCCUAUGUCACGACAAUUCACCCGAAAAUUCGCCAACAUUCUCAUCACCUGCCGCCCCGCCAUACCGUCAACAGCCGCAUCAAUUCAACGAUCCCCUAUUUAAUGAUAUCAGCCGGUUGACACAAAGUCUCGAUGACGACAAACGAAUGCGCCUAGGUCUACCACCGCUCUCUGCGUCCAACGUUUCAACAUCCACGUCCACGGGCAAUACAUAUCCGGACAGUGCCGCACCCGUCGUACGUUCAGCACAACGAAAUCUCAAUAAAUCGAUUGAGGAUGCCGCACGUCAAAACGCUGCUGGUCCGGCCAAUGGUGCUGGUGUCGAUGGAGCAACCGAUUAUAAUUGUGAUAUCGUUGGCAACUAUCAUACACAACAGCCGCAGCAACAGUCCAGCAGCCAUGCGGUUGCGCAUGAUGGCAACGACUACAAUAUGCAACCGACUCUAACGCGGCCCGUGUUGACGCAAGCCGAAGCUGAACGCAUUUACGAGCAAGAUUUCGAUUGUGAGAUGUUUGGCAAACGUAAGGUGGCCACCGCGUACGGUGGUGCCGGUAGUCAAAGGCAACAGCAACAGCAACAGAGUAGUGAUUCAACAAACCAUACGCUUAAUAGUUGUAGUAACAAUAGGAAGGCAGGUCUUAAAACCGAUGUAUCCAUGGUGAAUAGUGCAAUUGAAGAGCAUAAAACAGCAGCGGAAGCAGCAGUGGCUGUAGCGGCGACGGCUACGGCCGCAGCGACAGCAAACACGGUUAUGCGCUCUUCAGAAACGGUACCAUCAUCAGUGAAUAGACGUGGAGGUGCCGAUGAAACCGCUGCAAUUACAUCGUCUGCUGUGUCGUCAUCAAUUACGCAUACGCCCUCUAUGUUUGGUGCCGGUAGCGCGAUAAACAACAGUCGGCAUUCCUCUAGCGAUGGUGGCGAUAUCGGCCGCUUGGACUCACAUUUGGCGCACAUGGUCGAUUCGAAUGGCGGAGCAGGCGUCCGGAACGCACUCAUUUCGAAUUCGUUGAACCUAUUGAGUCCACCGCCAUUGUCAGGCGUGCAGAACUACUUUGAUGAUCUGCCACCGUUCCUACCCAUCGAACCACCGCUCGAUGUCGACUACAACUUCUCACUGGACCAAACGGAGGGUCUUAUCGAGUUAUUUAAUGACUUUGCCUAAAAUUUUAAAUAUAAAUAAAUUGAAGAAAUUAAAAAAAUAUAUAUAUAUAUUAAUACAUAAAUAGUUGUUUAAGCAAGUUAAAAUAAAAUCAAUGUAUGUAUAUGUGUAAUCACAACCACCAAUAAAAACUGCAAAAAAAAAUUAAUAAAUUAUAUUAACAACUUCUGUAUGCUAUUGAAUGGAAAUUGAAGUAAUAUUAUUAUUACUACUAUUAUUAUUAUUAUUAUUAUUAAUUAUUAUUAUUAUUAAUUUAAUUUUAUAAAUAUAUUCUUUAUAUAAAUACAUACAUACUUUAUAUAUACAUAUAUAGUUAAUAAGAAUUGUUAAUACAUACAUACAGAAAACUGCAGUAAAACAAAAACAAAUGCGAAAACUCA